AUGUGUUCACUCGAAUUUUUCAACGAUCAACUCCCCUCUUGUUCAAACAGCGAUCGAUCAAAAGAGGAAUCUGUACUCGUCUCGGAAAGGCUAGAUGACUCAAGGAGAAGCCGAUUCAUUCAUUCAACCUCCACUUCUCCUUCAUCUCCUUCAUCUCCACCAUCAUCUACCGUACUCUUUCCCCGAUGGAUGUGCUCUCUGAUUCUUUUUGUCUCUUUUCUUGGAUCGACUCUUUCAACUCCUCGAUGUUUCACGGCGGGCAAGGGGUUCUCUAUAAACGGUGGCGAGUAUCGACGAUUGCUUAACACAAAUCUAAAAGAAUGUCAAGUAAAUUGUCGAGAAGAGAGCUCGUGUUUGGCAUACGAAUGGAGAGAAGAGUCGAACACUUGUUUUCUAAAGGCUCGAUCGUUGAGUGGAGACAUGGCGAGGAAAGAGAAUAUCUAUACUGGAUUCUGCAUUGAUGAUGAAGAUGGCUUCCUCGAUCACGAAAUCACCGGCCCGGUAGUGACUUUUGCGGAAAAUAUCGAAUUUGAAGAAUGCAAGGACUUUUGUAAACAAGCUCUCGGUACAAUGAUCUACUCGUGGAGACCUGAUGAACCAGAUAAUGAUGAAGGAACUCUCGGGAAAUGCUCAUGUCUGGAGUCAAUUCGUGGCCUCCACCUCAGCUACAAUUCGUUGUCUGGCUUUUUCCCUCCAAAACCCAUAACCCCGCAUCGAUUGAAAUUUCGAAAA